AUGGUAGGAUUAUCAGAUAAAGGAAUCUCGGACACCCAAUUAGGCCUGAUUUUUCAGAUCAGCUCAAUUCAGUUCAGUCGCUCCAUCGUGUCUGACUCUGACCCCAUGGACUGUAGCAUGCCAGGCUUCCCUGUCCAACACCAACUCCCAGAGCUUGCUCAAACUCAGAUCCAUCCAGUUGGUGAUGCCACCCAAUCAUCUCAUCCUCUGUCGUCCCCUUCUCUUCCUGCCUUCAAUCAGGUUUUUCUGAAUUUUCAUCAUAUAUCUGAUUUUUCAGAUAUACAGCGAUCAUUUUUUUAA